CAUCCUUCCCUCUCUUCUCCCUACUCCAAUCCACACCCUCUUCACAUCCCUAUUCCUCCGCCACCAAUAUCGACUGAUACACUGAAUAGUAGUUGAAUUAGUCGCGGAACAUGGAGGCCAACAACGAGUUCUGGCACUUCAGUGAUCAGAUCCGUCUCCAGACCACCAACUUAUCCAACCUAUCUAUCGGGGAUAGCAUCUGGAGCGACUCGUAUCUGAAGAGAAUCGACGGGCGUCGAAACUUCGAGAAUCCCGUAGGGCCAUCCGAUCUCGGCUGGAAGACGGGGUUCGGAAAUCAGAAGCUUGCGUUCGGGAAUAGCAACAACGAGAGGUACAACAAUAGCAAUACCGGAAAGAAUAGCGAUGGGAAUAACGGUGGGAUGAAGUAUGGAAAUUUUGUAAAUAAUAGUUACAACAACGGUUUUAAUAACAACGGGGAGAUUAAGAAUUAUUUUAACAAGGCGAUCGGGAAGUCGGUAAAUUACGGGCAUGGUGGGAAGAAGAAUAACGGUAAUGACGGCAACGGAGGGAAUGGGAAGAAGAAGAAGAAUAACAAUAACGGGAAUAACAACGACAAUAACAACAAUAACAAUGGAGCGGUGGAUAAGAGAUUCAAGACACUGCCGCCGUCGGAGGCCCUGCCGAGGAAUGAAGCGGUCGGGGGUUAUAUCUUUGUCUGCAACAACGAUACCAUGGAGGAGAAUCUCAGGAGGCAGCUUUUUGGUCUGCCACCAAGGUACAGGGACUCAGUUAGGGCAAUAACACCAGGGCUGCCUCUUUUCCUCUACAACUACUCUACCCAUCAGCUCCAUGGAAUUUUUGAGGCGGCUAGCUUUGGAGGAACCAACAUCGAUCGAACGGCUUGGGAGGACAAGAAAUGCCCUGGAGAAUCCCGUUUCCCGGCCCAGGUGAGGGUGAUGACGAGGAAGGUCUGUGAACCACUGGAGGAGGACGCCUUCCGCCCUAUCCUUCAUCACUACGAUGGCCCAAAGUUUCGUCUGGAGCUCAAUGUUCCAGAGGCUCUGGCCCUCCUUGAUAUAUUUGCUGCGGAAAACAUUGCUUGAGAUGGAGUUGGCCUCUUCCUGGAUGACCACUACUAGUAAUUCAGAAUAGAUGGGGAUGGUGAUACGGGCAUACAUAUAUCGACAUAUAAAUAUAUCUGUUCUUCAUACUACUUACCGAAUAAAUUCACGUCUUUUGGAGAGAUUUUGGUGGGCUAUGUGAUCCAGAAGACUAUGGUUAAGGUGAUGAACCCUGAUGUUGGUACUUAUCCCAGUUUUGUAAAAAAAGGUUAUCGAGAUAGACUUUGUCAUGUAAAUAAGUCAUUAUAAAAGAUUAUCUUUUUUACACAAAUAACAGAGUUAAUUGGCUGAC